AUGCCGUCUGAGAUGGAUCAGAACUCAAGAAAUCAGAGAUCUGGAGAGGUUUUCGUGACGGCGGGUGAGAAUAAUCGUCUAAUUUUCAAGACAUCACCGUCCCAUGUCAGUCAGGGAUGCCGGUACAGGCGAUUGAAAGAUGGGACAAAAGUCCACCUGCAUCUGUGCUGGCACUUCUGGAACUCUGAGGGUGUUUCAAAGGAAAAAGACUUGAUGAAGGCCCUUGAUAAGGUUGUCGAGAUUUUGAAAGACCUGGACGCUCAACAUGGUCAUAAACCAUCCGAGGAAAACUUCGAAUUGAGAAGAGGUGGACGUGAACCUGGACCUGAAGCAGAUGGGCAUGACAGAGAACACGGGUCUGGUCUACGUUCCGAAAGAACGAAGAACUUCGGUAGAGAAAUCUCAAAGACGAAGCAUUCCUCGCAUGACGUGAAUAUCAAGCCCACCAGGCUCCUGGAUGCACUAUUCGAAAAUGGAGAUAUGGAGGCAGAUGCUGAUGAGGAGGCCCAUGCAUCCAAGCAGGAGCAUGUGGGCACCACGCCUAUUCCCCCAAAAAGGAAAAACCUCUUCCAAGAUAUGCACAGUUCGAAUUUGCCAGUUACUGAGAAAAAGUCUGGUCAAAGAGUUCGUAAUUUUGAGCGAAGAAAGAGUUCCAAACCCAGACUUGAAGAAUGCGGAGAUGUGGAGAAUGGACCGAACAUCAGAGAUACUCAGUGCGAACGUCACCGACAAAAGAAACUUGUUCGAGAGCGUGAGGUGAAGAAAGAGUAUUCUAAGCAUAUUCGAGGCCCUUCAAGAAAGAUUGCAAGUGAAUCUGCAAUGACGGAUGGGAAGGAGAAAACUCAUGAGACUCCGAAAAGAAAUGCACCUUCAGCUGAUAAGAUGAAAAAGCCUUUGCAUGAAGCUGACGUGGACAAACACAAAGAACAUAUUGGUAGGACCGAUUUUGACUCGCCCAGAGAAAGGGAAAGACUUCAGAGUUGUCAAAAUCUGCAAACACAACAACACUGUUCUGUGAAUCAUGAUGACGACAUGGAUGAAGGCAACGACAGCGAGAUUGAUACAGAUUCGCCGGUACACGACCUUAUGGGACGCAUUUCUGGACGUCGGGAGACGAGAAAAAACUCAAAGCGUCAUCAGUCUGCAUACGAGAACUGUACUCCUGCUUCAGACACCAAAAGAUCGAGGACCAAUACUCCACAUAGCAAAAAUGCUGAACGUGGAGGAUCUUCGAGAGAAGGGAUGAGUGUUAAUUCAUUUGAGACGAAUAAAUUCAUCUCGCCAACCUUUGAUGAAACGCCAAGCAUUAAGCCGCAGGUGGGUCUUGUAGGCAAGGGCAAGAAAAAAGUCACCUUUCAAUGUGAUACGCCUCCUGCAAUGAAUCAAGUGAAGAAAGGCGAUUUAUCUUUUCCUGAGGUUGAUAAGGUAUUCAAGAGUCCCGGUUAUACGUCUAUGGACGACCGAGGCAAAGUGAUGACCAUUCUCGAACAAUUUGGUUACUUAGAAAAUUGCUUCAGAUCUGCUAAGGAAAUCGGCGAUGUGAGGCUUUCAGAACUGACAUGCGCAAGGCGUCUGAGGGCUGACUUGAAGGCAGGAGAAUACCUCAAGAGAAGAGGCUUUUGUUUUUACGACGGCUCCAGUGUCGUAGGUACGAUUCCAGGUGUGUGUGUAGGACAGACCUUCAGUUGUAGGGAGGAGCUUGUUAUCUUGUCCAUUCAUCGAGUGCAACAAGCAGGAAUUGAUUACAUCCCAGCCAGCAAGAGCCACUUCAGGGAUGCGGCAGGGAAUCAAUUGGCAGUAGCAGUCAGCGUUGUAUCUUCGGGAGGUUACAAAGACGAUGAAGAUAAUGAUGCGGCCACUUUGACAUAUUCUGGCCAAGGCGGAUGCUCCAAUAGGACACACAACUCCAGACCUUCAAAGGUUCAGGAUCAGAAUCAAGAGCUCGUUCGCGGUAAUCUGGCGAUGGUAAACUCCUAUGAGCUUCACAUCCCAAUUCGAGUUGUCCGAUCCUUCGUGCGUGACAAGACGCAGAAGAAAAUUUACUACUACGAUGGCCUCUAUGAUGUGACAAAAUAUUACGAAGAGACGGGUUCUUCGGGUUUCAAAGUGUGGAAGUUUCAGAUGGUCAAACAACUUGGACAACCUGAGGUGCCUCAUGCCUUCUCCUCAGAUCAGGUAAUCCAUUACUUCUUGUCGAAGUUUUUCAGUCUAUUCUACACCUGA